AUGGCCAAGGAGAGUCGGGAGUGUACGGCAUUUACAGUACCAGAACGAGGGCUUUUCUACUGGAAAGUAAUGCCAUUCGAGUUACAUUCCGCUCCAGCCACCUUCCAACGCGCUUUGGACAGUAUCAUCGGGCCCGAAAUGGAACCAUACGCAUUCGCCUACCUGGAUGACAUCGUGUUGGUAGCCGCGACUCUGGAGGAGCACAUGCGAGUCUUGCGAGAAGUAUUCCGCCGCCUCCGCGAAACCAACCAUAGGCUCAACCCAGACAAAUGCGCAUUCUUCAGGAAAAGUAUUACCUAUCUGGGCCACGUAAUCAGUGACCGGGGAAUCCACACCGAUCCAGAUAAAAUCAUAGCUGUGCAGAAUUUGAAGCCUCCCACCACCGUGAAGGAGCUUCGACAGUCCGUCGGACUAGCAUCGUGGUACCGGCGGUUCGUCCCAAACUUCGCCGAUGUGGUACAGCCAAUGACCGCACUCCUGAAGAAGGGCCGCAAGUGGGAAUGGGGCACCCCGCAACAAGCAGCGUUCGAGGAUUUGAAACGGAAAUUGACAGAAGCACCAGUAUUGGCAUGUCCGGAUUUCAACAAGCGUUUCACCCUACAAACAGACGCUAGCGAUCAUGGUUUGGGAGCCGUGCUGACACAAGAGGAGGAUGGACAGGAAAGGGUGGUGGCAUAUGCCAGUCGACGACUAGCCCCAUCAGAAGUAAACUACACCACCACUGAGAAGGAACUGCGUUGUUACCUGGAGGGAUACGAGUUCACAGUAGUAACAGAUCAUCUGGCACUGAAGUGGUUGGCCGACGCCUUGUCUCGGCAACCUGUUGUGACGCUUAGCCUCACCAAAGAGGAGACCCCCCACUGCCAAUGGUGGACACGGAUGAUGGCCCAGGUCAAGAGCAAUCCCAACCAGUAUCCCGAUUACAUCAUAGCGAACGACCAACUAUAUCGCCGAACACAAGGGCGACCACCCGAAGAAGAGUAUGUACCUUGGAAGCUUUGUGUUCCGCGGGAUGCUCGUGCUAGAGUCCUCCAAGAAUGUUACGACCAACCAACGGCAGGUCACCAGGGGAUAAGGAAAACAGCGUUGAGAGUAGCGCAGCGUUACUACUGGUCCGGCUACUUCCGAGACGUGGCCAUCCACGUUCGAUGUUGCCCGACGUGUCAACAAUAUAAAGUCAGUCAACGGCAGGCAGCGGGCAAGAAGAGGUUGCUUGAAGAGGUGUACCUGGCCGUAUUAUUGGACCGGGCACUGCCGGAGUCAUCCAAGGUCACGCCCAACACCAACGCCCCAGCCAUUACCUUCCACGAAGCCGACACCACUGAAACCAUCACCACAUCCCAGGCCUCCACCACAACCCUCAUCGAAGUUACCUCCGACAACCCCGCCGAAGCCAGCAGAGACAUUAACCCCACAGCUACCCCCACCGAAGUUAACUCCGCCAACCCCACCGAAGCCAGCAGAGCCAUUACUCCAUCCACGCCCACACCCACAGCCUCAGCCUCGUCCAGUUCGUGCACCCCACCCCCAAUUCAAGGCGUGACUCCUACAUGGACCCUGUCCGACGAUAGCGGAUGGGACGAUGAGGCGGAAACAGAGCGCCGGCAGAGCUCCCCUGAGGAGAACGACGAGGACCAGCAAGCCACCCCACUCCGCCUACCCCAAACCUUGCUAGACCCGGGCAGCCGUGUGGGGGAGGGCUACCAUGUCCAUCGACGGCGGCGAGAGAAGACAGAGCAGGACCCACCACCGGAGGAGGGCACCUCCCAAAUCCCUAGGACACCCGGGCGCACGCUACCAACUCAGGGCCACUAG